GGAGCUUGUCGGAUGCCACGAGUGGGAGGAUGUUUUGACGUCGAGCGAGUUUGGCCGUGCGCCGCGUGCACCGCAGGGUGACAGACUGAAGCAACACUCGAGGAAAAGGAUAAUUUCAUAGCUUCUAGAAACGGAAAGUUCUACCAGUUUGGCUGUGUGACUGGGUGACUGGCUGAGUGAAAGUGAAUCGUGAUUGAUCGGUGGUGUCAAACUAGUGGGAAGGGGUGCGGGCAUUGUUCGCCGUACGAGGGCUAUUUUCCAUUUCAUUUCAAGUUACUUCAACAAUUUCAAUUCUAGCAUUGUGCGUAACAUAACAGGAUGAAACGAUAUGCAGAAUUAUGAAGCCAAUCUCCUCCAGGCGGAAGAAGUUUUUUCGCUUUCGUGAUGCUUUCGUUAUGAGUGUGUUUUUGUUAUGCUUAACGAAAAGGGUUGUUUGAGCAAACAUAAUCAACUGCUGCCUACAUUUGGAACGGCUGAAGCCCGCAGGGAAAGCUCCCCUCUACCGAGUGCCUCUACGUCUGACAUUCAUAUUUGUGUUGAGCUUCAUGGCAGAAAAUUGGAAAAAGUUAGUUUCAAACAGUAGGUUUUUUUUCUCUGCCAAAGCAAUGUUGCACUCAUGUGAUCAUAAAAAACAUAAUGUUGGGACCGCUAUCUAUUGUAGAUUGUACAAUAAAAGGAACAAAAGAAGUUAAUUAUUUCGUGACACCUAUAAUAAUGUUUUCCGCUAGCCGUUCAGCUGUAAAACCAGUUCGAUUGCAAGAAUUGUAGGUUAUCCCACACGCCAUUCGCUGAACUUUCAGCUGGGACAAACAAAACAACGGCAAACACAUCCCAUGGCAUGACGGAUGUACAAUGUGUCACGUGACUGACAAACAGCUCGUCGAAAGAAGCAGCCAUCCAUUAUCGAAUACCCCAAAGACUGUGCCGUUUUGGCAUGUAGCGAUGAGACUUGGUUCCCAAUUAUGGCUCAGUUUCGAUGCAUUUUCUCGAAAAUCUUCCCCUAGCAAAUGUAACAGUUGUGUAGGAUGUCCGGGCCAUGACAUUUACUGACGCGUUUGCUACUUCUAGGAAACGGUGUGCGAAUGAAAAAUACGCUGUUCUCACUGUGGCUGCCUCCAGGGAAAUGCAAGCAAGCUUUACAAAAACAGAUGACUCGUAUUGCCCACCCCUACAGUAAUUCAAGAAAUGCUGCGCACUCUCUUGGGGCCAUUCCGGCGAAAAGAAAACAUAGUUUCAAGCGAAAACAAAACAGCCAACAGCUGAACAUAAUCUGCGUGUUCGAUUCCGAUGGUUUACACGCACACUUGGCCCAGUAAAUGAACACAUCUUUGGGCUGUUGGGAUGGGUUUUCUUUCGCUUGAAUCAUUAGUCCCACAUACAUGAUACAUUCGUACAAUUUUGAGCGUUAUUAUGGACUACACAUUGCACAACGCACACUGACACUUGUUUCGUGUUAUUGCACGAUUACACAUACACUCUCGCGCUCACACUGCUUGUGCACUAAAUAUGUCCACUGGUCUGACCACUUUCCACCCCCCUUUCUUUGCGGAGAUCGAGAUCACUCGAGAGAAAAUCGAAUUCCAGCGAGCGCUCGGCUUUCUCAUAUAUCAUCGUGCUUCUCCGGAGCGCAUUGCACCGAUGCCGUUCGUUGUGCGAGUCUCGUGAGACGAGUUUUUCCUGCAAACGUUCCGCUUUUCGCGCUUGCCGAUCGCAUGUGUACCGCCCGUUUUUGGGUUGCGGCAAUCCCGCAGCAGUUUUCCACUAGCGCGGUAGCGCGCGUGCGCUCGCCCAGUGGGUUACCCCGAUCGAGACCGACCGAUCGAUCGAUCGAAGGGUAUUUCUCGUCCCAGUACCGAUUGCUGCAUGUAGGCGCGCAACGGGCAUGCAGUGGUUCAUCUUUGCCGGCUGACGUGUUGGCAUUGCUGGUCAGCGUCACGCCUGAUGACGUGCGUUGGUUGGGAUGAUGAGUUUAUCGGAGCGUAAGAUAGUGGGAAGGAAGGUCGGCGUAUUGUUGCCGAUUUGUUGCACAUCAGUAACGAGCUGAGGCUGAGAAAGCAAUUUGAGGAGCGAGAAAAACACAGCAUAAGCGCAAGCACGGUUGUUUGCUGGUGGGGCCAUCAGUCGCGGGUGUGACUGAGCCCGGCUGAGAGUGCAGGAGAGAGUUGGGCCACAUCGUGGACCAUUGCUAGCUGAGAUGCACGUACGCGUGAAACGGUCAAAUUGGGGAGGAACAUGGUCAGGGUCGGUCAUCAGUGUGCUGGCAGUUCUACUGCUAUCGUGCUGUGUGACUCCGGGCCUGCCAGAGGGCAUCAAGCUACCUGAUCAAACGUCUGGCGCGAGCAACGGUGGACCUCAGCUUCCGCCGCAACAACCGCCUGCAGUCGGCGAAGAGCGGCGACAAGGCAAGAACCUGUUCGACUUUAUCGGGCUUGGAACCGGUGGCAAUGUGGAUCCCUAUCUGGCACGCACGAACGCGCAGUGCUUGAACGGAGAGCUGGCCGAAUGCUUCAAGUCCCAGGCCCUGCAGACGUUCGGCGAAUUCUUCGACAAAGAUCAGUACCAACUCACCAGCGAUGCUAGGCUUGUUCGGCUACCAGAAACACAGCUCCGGUCACUGGCACAGGAAGGCUACGAGUUUGUGGGCGAAUCGAGACACUCUGACUCCGAGUGGGAGCUGUUGUACAAGUACGCCCUUAGGCGGCUGGAGCGUUUUGUCAAGUCGACGGCGCUGGAAUUCCACAUCCCCGACGACAUCACGGAGGAAGGACGGUACUCUGCGCGCUUCAUCGACGAAAUUUCGGACGAGAUUGACGUAAUAGAGGACAAGAAGGCGCCGCUGUUUACUCGGCAUCGGCUAAAGAAGAUCUUCAUUCCACUGCUGCUGAUACUGAAGGUGUUCAAGCUGAAGCUGCUCCUGUUCCUGCCUCUCGUGCUGGGACUGGCUAGCUUUAAAAAGUUGCUCGGCUUUCUGGCCAUCGUCGUGCCGGGUGUGAUUGGGUAUCUGAAGCUGUUCAAACCAAACCAGAGCUGCUGCACGAACGACAUCUUCUCCGGUGGCUAUCAGCCGCAGUACUCGCCACAGGGCCUUGGUUCGAUCGGCUACAGCCCGUUCAAGGAGUACGCCGGGCAGAAUCACUACUCUCGGCCAGAUGUCGGUGGGUAUGCCUCGCCGUACGGUAACUACUAUCGGGACUCGGGACGGGCCGAUCUGCAAGGCGGCAAUGUUAAGUUUGGAGAUGAUCUCGCUUACCAAGGCUACUCGGAGCAGUAUCGUAGCAGCGGCAAGGACGUUAAGGCUGAGAGCUAAACGCAGGCAGUCGGGGAAGUUGUCAUAUUUUGUAUCGUGCAUCACAUCGUUUUCAUUCUUGCGUGUUAAUGCCAUGCUAGUGUAAAUAUUUAUGACGUGUAAAAUAAAGUAAUCCAUUCGUGAGUGA